CUCCACAGCCGACAGUGUGAACGUCACACGUUGAGCGGCGCAGGGGAGUUCGUCACCGUCGCUGUUGGACCUGCUGGAGCUUUCGAGGUUCUGAUCGGUACCAUUUUUGUUUGGGUUCGAAUCCAGACCCCGAGCCUCGGCCUCUGAACCAGUUUUCGAUAAACAAAUAUCGUGAGGAUUUUGUUCAUCUUCAGACGAACACCGGAAGCCGCUCAGCGAAGCGAAAGUUGAGUCGAGAUGAGUGUGGAGGCGUACGGGCCGAGCUCCCAGACCCUCACCUUCCUAGACACCGAGGAAGCGGAGUUGCUCGGAGCGGACACCCAGGGCUCCGAGUACGACUUCACCGACUUCACCCUUCCCAGCCAGACGCAAACUCAAGGCCAGACUCAGAGCCAGCUGGACAGUCAGGUUAAUGGUCCUGAUGAGGGUCUUCACAACGGUGGAGUGGAUGACUCCGUGGCCAAAGCCAGCCAGCUGUUGGCCGAGCUCAACUUUGAGGAGGAUGAAGAAGACACGUAUUACACCAAAGACCUGCCUGUGCACGCAUGCAGCUACUGUGGUAUCCAUGAUCCAGCGUGUGUUGUGUACUGUAAUACAAGCAAGAAGUGGUUCUGUAAUGGACGUGGAAACACAUCUGGCAGUCACAUCGUGAACCACUUGGUGAGAGCCAAAUGCAAAGAGGUGACGCUGCAUAAAGACGGGCCACUUGGAGAGACGGUGCUGGAGUGUUACAACUGCGGCUGCCGCAACGUCUUCCUCUUGGGUUUCAUCCCUGCCAAGGCUGAUUCCGUAGUGGUGCUACUUUGCAGACAGCCCUGUGCCAGCCAGAGUAGCCUGAAGGACAUCAACUGGGACAGCUCACAGUGGCAACCACUGAUCCAGGACCGCUGCUUUCUGUCCUGGCUGGUGAAGAUCCCAUCGGAGCAGGAGCAGCUUCGGGCCCGUCAGAUCACCGCUCAGCAGAUCAACAAGUUGGAGGAGCUCUGGAAGGACAACCCCACUGCCACCUUGGAAGACCUGGAGAAACCUGGAGUGGACGAGGAGCCCCAGCACGUGCUGCUGCGCUAUGAGGACGCUUACCAGUACCAAAACAUCUUUGGCCCUUUGGUCAAACUGGAGGCGGACUACGACAAAAAGCUUAAGGAGUCCCAGACCCAAGACAAUAUUACAGUCAGGUGGGACCUGGGGCUGAAUAAAAAGCGGAUUGCCUAUUUCACACUGCCCAAGACGGAUUCAGGUGGUAAUUCUCUGAGCUUGACAUCCUCCCUGUGGUUCUGUGAUAUGCGGCUGAUGCAAGGUGAUGAGAUCUGUUUGCGGUACAAGGGAGACCUGGCCCCGCUGUGGAAAGGCAUCGGCCAUGUCAUCAAAGUCCCUGACAACUAUGGGGAUGAAAUUGCCAUCGAGUUGAGGAGCAGUGUUGGAGCGCCUGUGGAAAUCCCCCACAACUUCCAGGUGGACUUUGUGUGGAAGUCCACGUCGUUUGACAGGAUGCAGAGCGCCCUGAAGACGUUUGCGGUGGACGAGACUUCCGUGUCUGGCUACAUUUACCAUAAACUGCUGGGCCACGAGGUGGAGGAUGUCACCAUCAAGUGCCAGCUGCCAAAGCGCUUCACUGCCCAGGGCCUGCCUGACCUCAAUCACUCACAGGUGUAUGCUGUGAAGACCGUGCUGCAGAGGCCCCUCAGUCUGAUCCAGGGUCCUCCUGGCACUGGGAAGACUGUCACCUCUGCCACUAUCGUCUACCACCUGUCCCGACAAGGCAAUGGACCAGUUCUGGUGUGUGCUCCCAGUAACAUUGCCGUGGAUCAGUUGACUGAGAAGAUUGACAAGACUGGACUUAAGGUCGUCCGGCUGUGUGCCAAGAGCCGAGAGGCCAUCGAGUCACCAGUGUCCUUCCUGGCUUUACACAACCAGAUCAGCAACAUGGACAGUAUGCCGGAGCUUCAGAAGCUGCAGCAGCUGAAGGAUGAGACGGGCGAGCUGUCGUCUGCUGAUGAGAAACGCUACAGGGCUUUGAAACGCACAGCUGAGAGGGAGCUGCUCAUGAAUGCUGAUGUUAUCUGUUGUACCUGCGUCGGUGCUGGAGACCCUCGCCUGGCCAAGAUGCAGUUCCGCUCCAUCCUGAUUGAUGAGAGCACCCAGGCCACCGAGCCGGAGUGUAUGGUGCCCGUGGUGCUUGGAGCCAAGCAGCUCAUUCUGGUGGGUGAUCACUGCCAGCUGGGGCCUGUGGUGAUGUGUAAGAAAGCAGCCAAAGCAGGUCUGUCCCAGUCCCUGUUUGAACGCUUGGUGGUUCUGGGGAUCCGGCCAAUCCGCCUGCAGGUCCAGUACCGCAUGCACCCGGCUCUCAGUGCCUUCCCCUCCAACAUCUUCUAUGAGGGCUCCCUGCAGAAUGGCGUCACUGCAGCUGACCGCAUCAAGAAGGGCUUUGACUUCCAGUGGCCGCAGCCGGACAAGCCUAUGUUCUUCUACGUGACUCAGGGUCAGGAGGAGAUUGCCAGCUCUGGGACCUCCUACCUUAACAGGACGGAGGCUGCCAACGUAGAGAAGAUCACCACCAGGCUGCUGAAGGCUGGAGCCAAACCUGACCAGAUCGGCAUCAUCACCCCAUACGAGGGUCAGCGCUCCUACCUGGUCCAGUACAUGCAGUUCAGCGGCUCCCUGCACACCAAACUCUAUCAGCAAGUGGAAAUUGCCAGUGUGGACGCCUUCCAGGGCAGAGAGAAGGACUUCAUCAUCCUGUCUUGUGUCCGUGCCAAUGAGCACCAGGGCAUCGGUUUCCUGAAUGACCCACGUCGUCUAAACGUGGCGCUGACCAGAGCCAAGUAUGGUGUGAUCAUUGUGGGAAACCCCAAAGCCCUCUCCAAGCAGCCGCUGUGGAACAACCUGCUGAACAACUACAAGGAGCAGAAAGUCCUCGUGGAGGGACCGCUCAACAACCUGCGGGAGAGCCUCAUGCAGUUCAGCAAGCCCCGCAAGCUGGUCAACACCAUCAACCCUGGAGGACGUUUUAUGAGCACUGCGAUGUACGAUGCCCGUGAAGCCCUCAUCCCCGGCUCCGCCUAUGAUCGCAGCAAUGCUGCCGGACGUCCGUCCAACAUGUACUUUCAAACUCACGACCAGAUCGGGAUGAUUGGGGCAGGCCCUGGUCACAUGGCCGCCAUGAAUCUUCCCAUACCCUUCAACCUGGUGAUGCCACCAAUGCCUCCGCCCAGUUACCUGGGUCAGACCAAUGGCCCGGCUGCAGGUCGUGGAGCUAUGAAGGGUAAGCCUGGACGUGGCGGGCGGCAGAGGGUCCGUGGGUCGGCACACCAGGGUGCCAGUCAGGGUAACGGACCAAACAGCCAGGCCAGCCAGGACGGGGCCUCCCAGCCCUUCUCCCAGGGGCCGCUGACGCAGGGCUACAUCUCCAUGAGCCAGCCCUCUCAGAUGAGCCAGCCUGGCCUCUCCCAGCCAGAGCUGUCUCAGGACAGCUACCUGGGUGAUGAGUUCAAGUCCCAAAUCGAUGUGGCUUUGUCCCAGGACUCGACUUACCAGGGUGAACGUGCAUACCAGCAUGGUGGGGUGACUGGACUGUCACAGUAUUAGAGUGUCACUUGAAGAAGGGAGCUAGGCUUGAGCUGAGCUUAGUUCAUCAGCUUUUUAAUCUGGGAAAUAAUAAAAACAUAAAAUGGAUACCUGUUUUCCUCUGCUACAACCGAAGCACCACCGAGUGAAAGCGACGGGAUAGCGAAACCAAACCAAUGACCAGCGAGAGAAAUAAGAGGGUAGAAGAAGAAGAGAGCACGAACAGACGGGCAGGGAGAUGGCAAGAGAGGCCGAGUGAACAAGCGAGAGGCAGGGACCGAUGCCCGUGCACAGUGAAGGAGGGAAGUCGAGAAGAUGGCAGCGUGUGGUAGAGCUGCUGAGGGAAACGAAAGGGGAGAUCUCAACGGUCUCUAAUGGGAAUCCAAAUGAGGCGCUCAACUCCCAACAAAAUAAUCCAGCCUGCCCCCUCAACCCACAGCCUCCAGGAGAGGAAGGAACACUCAGAGCCUUCCAACUGAAUUUGAAGAACUAGUUCUCCAAACUUGCAGGGGGGCAUGAAUACAGAAAGCCAUCAAACAGGAAACUCAAACUCCCCAUGCUAAAAUGACGGUUGGUUUCUCAACCUGGAUCUCUUCAAUUUGGUUUAUCAUGGGAGGAGAGCGGCACCAACGAUCAUGUAGUGGGCCCAUAAACCUCAGCAGCCUCUGAAGGAAGCAGCAGUCGACACACCCUCUCGGAGAGGAAAUAAAAACACGGUUUCUGUGCUUGAGUCUGAGAUUAAAGAGCCUUGAAUUGAAAUACCGUUCAUUUGCCUUGAGAACCACUGGCUCAUUCACGAGGUCUUUAACAGGGUGGUUUCGACCACACGUCAGUGGUGGAGUGGCACGGGGAUUUCAGACUGUUUUUUCAAGACAUGACGCGCGAAUCCCACUGAUAUCGCGACCAUCAUGGGACAGUUUUUUCUUCUCUGAAGUACCUUUCUUAUCACAGAGCACAAAAUUGCAAAAAAGUCAUUUGAAACUAUCAAACACGACCAGCAUUGAACUUUCAACUCAAUGUCAUUUGAUGUUUCAACAAAGGCUUUUCCUUAUUUUAUUCUUUUUGAAAGCAGGGGUUGUUGAUGUCCUGCUGUGCUUCAUGACCAGAUGUCUUUUUGACAACACUCUGUAUACGCUUAGAUUGGCAAAUGCUUGAAUGCUUUGCAUUGAUUGAGUCCUCAGGGGAUUGUGGACUGUACACACUCAUCACACAAAUCCCUGCUGGAGGUGAAAGAAACCAAACAGGAGGGAGUCGGGGGGGAGAAGGAUGAUAGUAGUCGAGGCUUACAGGCGGUCGUGGCAAUCAAUCCACCACAGGUAAGGAGUAGAAAAGGAAGGUGGCUGAGGAGAAUACGAGAGUUUCCACAUCUGGAAAAUGAGUUCAGGUAAUCACUGGGGUUAAACAUGUCGAGGAAAAUGUUGCUUUAGGACUGUCCCAAAAGAUGACCACACAUUAGAUGUAGUCGCAAAACCCAGUGUCAUUUCACACAGCGUUUUGAGUUUGUGAAUUGUAUUCAGGACAAGCAAUAUAGCCAGGCUGACGGCCAUAUUGCCCAGCCACGAAAAACUAAAGAUAAUCAGGGGUUGAAUAAUUAAGAAAUAUGUGUAGAAUCUUAGCAUAACCCUAUAAUUUAUAAAUCACCACAAUCUGAAAGAGCUUUGGUUCCUGUGUGGAUGAAUAUAUUUUGAAACUUUACUAAACCCCAGUUACACACAGUGGAAACGCCAUCAGUACCGAUUAGACGAUGGCAAGGAGACAAAGAAAAGUGAACGAGAAACCUGAAUCAGUGCCUAUAACCAAUCACCUUCAAAUAAACAGCUGCAGCACAAGCAUGAAUGUAGUUAAAAAUCAAACUACCAGCAUUUAAAAAACCUUCCAGACACCAGAGGGCUCAAGAAACUCACAGAAAAGGACUUGUUGUAUUUUAUUUUUUUAAUAAUAAAAUCAGGCCAGGUAAACACAAGGUCAGUGAGUUUAGCAGCUGGGUCGUUUCUCAAAAGGACGGGCGGAUGAAAAAGCCACCUUCCUUCUCUGUGGAGUUAAACAAAAUGAAGACUGGUAGAAUUUCUUUUCCCUUCUGUGGACUUUUGAUUUGUGCAAAGCUGUUUUGCCUGCAUUAUGUAUUCCUUGUAGAGUUCCUCUUGAGAUUUAUGUGGAUCCUUAAACCCUCUUCCUGGAGAACUGUGUGAAACCUGAACCUUGAGUUGAUCCAAACUUUGCUUUUGUCGGAGGAUUCGCUGCUUUGUGUGUCACGUUUUGUUCAGUUGGGUGUUAUUUAGCCAUUUUGUGUAGUUUUACUAAAAAAAAUAAAUAAAUCCAUUUUUGUAGCAACUUGCUGACAACAGGAAUGAGGCGGACACCGUUUUCCUUCAUUAAUUUUGUAUCUGUUCCUCAAACUGUCUGAGGGAUUGUAGUUUUUUAACUCUUCCAGGAAAGAUGCUUUCUGAACACAGUAAGAAUGUAUUCCACUGUUUCUUCUCACCUGCUUCUUAUUUCAGCAGACAUGUGACAAUCAUGUUGCAAGUAGACGUCACCAUGUUUAAUUGACUUAGAAGUAGUUCUGUUUUGUUGGAUGAAUUAGUUUCCCAUAUCAACCCGUUCCACCGAACUCCUAACAUGUUAUAGCUUUAAAAACCCGCUGCCGUAAUAUUAUUGCUUUGAUGUUUUUUUCCAUCUUCUGAGCCACAAUGAAUUGCAACAUGUGCAGUGAAGAAGUGAUUCAGUUGUAAAUUAGUUGUUGAAACAUUUGCAUCGAAACCCUUGAUUCUCUACGUCAACAGAGAUUGAGAGCUCAAUGUGAUGUAAAUACCUAUUUGAAAUGUCUUUGCAGUGAAGUUUCAUCACAACAUGGUGGUUCCUUGUUAAACUGAAUCAAUAAAGGCUGUCAAUUUGA